AAAAUGGCGGAAGGGAGUAAACGACUGUAUGUCGGAAAUCUACAUCCGGAAAUAUCGGAAAAGGAACUGAGGGACAGAUUCAACAAGUUUGGAAAGGUUGCUAAUGUUGAGAUCAAACACAAAACUGACAUUGAUGGAAACCCGACUCAAACCUUUAGUUUUGUGGAUAUUCAUAUGUCGGAUAAUGACGUCACUGGGUGUAUCAGUACACUGGCAAAUACAAAUUGGAAAGGCUACAGCAUGAGAAUACAGCAGGCUAAGGAGAGCUUUAUGUCCAGGCUUGCCAGAGAGAGGAAAGAAAAGGAGAAUCAGGGAACUAUGCAGGGAACACCGGGAACUCCAGUUUACAAUCCUUUAUCUCUAGUUAAAUCUCGAAUGGAGGGAGACGGAGGUGAACAGAAAAAAAAGGAUGAAUUGAAAACUGACCGGCCGACGGUGCUGGUUAAUAAACCAGAAAGGAAAAGAUUUCUCGGCGGAGAGCGGGAUCCCCAGGAAGGCGGAAGAAAUGCUCCUUCUGGCAACUACACCAGGCUUGGUAGACGGGAUUUUAACCAGGAACCAAGGAGCCUGGAUCCCAGUGAAUCCCGGGAUUAUUUACCAGGUCGUGGAUCGGGAUCGGGAUCGGGAUCGGGAUCAGGAUACGAUCCUCUCAGUAUGAUCAAACGUCACAUGGGCGGUGGCCAAGUUGUACCCGAUGUGGCAUCUGAAGCCCCAGUAGGGCCUGGUGUACGAGUAGAUGAGGGUUCUGUUAAUAACGGGGUUGUUACAUUUGACGAGGCAGAGGAGAAGGGGCCAGCCCGAAAAAGAAAGAUUUACCACUCUAGCGACGAGGAAGAAGACGGUGGGAAGGUGAGGACUGAACCUAGGAAGGAGCAGGUCAAGAAGAAGAUCAAGAAGGUGGAGAGUGCGGAGGUGAAGGCGAAGAAGAAAGCUGAAUUAAAGGAGAAGUGGGAAGCCAAGCAGAAGGAGAAGAUGAAGCAGGAUGAACUCGAGGCAUAUAAACAAAAUAAGAAAACUAAGAAAGAUAACAGUGGUGCUCGAUAUUAUUCAAGCUCAGAAGAGGAAGAAGAAGAGGAAAGUAAUGAACCUGAAAAAAAUGAUAAAUUAGAUGGAGCCGCGCCAGAGAAGGCAUCCUUAUCAAUCCUCAAAAAAUUUAAAUCUUUUAGCUCCAGUGUUUGGGCAGAUUCAGAUCAAGAAGAAGAGGAGGAAGAAGAAGAUGAAGAAGAAGAUAAUAUGAAAGAAGAAGAGGAAGAUGUGGAAGAGGUUAAUGCUGAAGAGGAGCGUGAGCGUAACUACGCAAUCCUGAGUCAGGUUGUUGGGAAGAAUGUUCAAGAACCUGCUCAGCAUAAACCCCGUAGCCUUGGCCUUGACUAUAUGCCGAGGUUUGAUCCUGAAGCCUCGGAUCCGGAGGAUGCUGCGAAAGAUGCUGAAGAUACAACGAAGGAUGUUGAAGAAACUAGUGUUGAAGCUGGCGCUCCUUCUGUAGAAAUAUCCAAAAAUCUCAAAGAAGCGCUUGGAAAAGGAUCUUUCUCCUUCGGUUUCCGUAAAUCUGAACCCGAGCAGGAAAUAAAACCGGUGAAACCGGAACUCUUUCACCUUGACUCUGAUGAUGAAACUGAAACUGUUAAAAAAGUGGCGGAUUUUUCAGAAACUUUUGGAAACCAGUUACAGGGGAAAAUCGACGAAAACGCUGAAUCAUUUUUUUUUAUUCCCGAUGACGAACGAUUGAAGGAGGGUAUACAAUUUUUCUUCCACGAGCGCGAAGACUUAGAGAAAGUUCGAGCGGAAUACAAUGCUAAAAGACCUGAGUUGGCGGCCAUAUUUAAGAACAAAGCAAGAUCUAAAGCACAACUGGAUCGGAAAAAUAUCAAGUCUCGGCCUAAAUUCAAGAGGUUUAAGUCGCAACGUGGCAGACCAAAUAAGCACCAUUAAAAUUUGCAACUAUUUAGCCAUAUUUUUUAUAAUAUAAAUUGAUCCUGUUU